CGUUUUUCAAUGCUGUCUGUGUUGAAGGUCGUGGUCACCUAUUGAUUUUCUGGAGAUGGCUUUCUGGACACAAAUGUUUUGUUACUUGUUCAGUGUCAUAUGUUCAUAUGUUCGAAUUUUAUUCAAAUAUAUUGCUCGAAAAAUUACAGGAAAGUGCGAAAUUAGUCGCAUAAUAGCUAACUAUACUAAAGGAGCUCCCAGAACUCUUGAAAUAGAGAACUCCUUAAGAAAGUCAAAAAGCAAUUCUAUUCGAAAGGGGCUGUUUCUGGACAAGUCUACAGAUGUUGGACCUUACGUAAAGCUUGUCAUUAAGUUGAAGUGUAUAAGCCUCAAAGGUCAACCUAAUUUUCCCACUGACUAUAUAUACUGCAUCAAUCAGAUCAAUUCCUACCGUGAACUAACAAGCAAAUUGGAGACGUUACGAUCUACUGCUUUUAAUUGGGAUGAUCAUUAUCACACCGAAUUGCUUUCGAGGAUGUGGGAUUCGUUGUGUCCUCAAGGCGAAGAUUCAACUCAUAAUGAAAAGCAGUGGACACUGCUGGGAUUCCAGACGAACAAUCCUGGGACUGAUUUUCGCGGUAUGGGUGUACUAUCACUGGAAAAUCUUGUAUACUUUGCAGAAAUGCAUAGAAAAUUGGCUCGAAGUAUACUGUCAGCAUCUAGUCAUCCUAAAAAGUGGUAUCCAUUUGCUGUUGCCGGUAUCAAUCUUACAAAAUUAUUAUACAGUUUUAUGCUGAGAGGUAUUCUGAAGACACAAUUUUAUAAUACAACUUCAUCGGUCAGUAUACAGGAUUUCAAUGAAUUCUACUGUUAUACAUUUUAUUCUUUUCAUGAAUUCUGGAUGAAACAAUCUCGUGAUGUAAUGCUAUUCAAUGAAUAUCGUAAUGAGUUUGAAAAUAAGUUGAAAGAUCGUCUAUUGGAUAUGAACUGUCGUUUAUCUUUGCCAGAGGGUAAGGAAUAACUAUUUGUGUGUGUGCGUGUUUAUGUUGGGUGUUUACCUGUGUAUGCAGAGAUCAUGACAGCCUAUCAGAAUGUAAAUUGUUUAUUCGCCUAAUGAUGAUGGAUGUUAUUGCAUUCAGAACUGACGCGCUUAUCUGAUUGGUUAGUUAUUCGGCUAUCUGAUUGGUUGAUUCGAAUGUCUCGACUAACAACAUUGUAAUCGCUUGGCUUCAAUGUCUUAGCUUAUCUCCCAUUAAUAUUCAUCUGCUUUAAUACUUUACUUGUUUGUGUUGUAUGUUCAAGUGUAAAUGCAGCAGUUGGCAGAAUAUAAAAAGAAAUGCAACAAUUUCUUUGUGAUUUGUUGAAUCAUUUUUUUAAUUGCGACGGAGAGUAAUUCAACGUCUUUCACUAGACAGUUAUAUAUGUGUGUGUAUAUACAUAUCUGUUUGGCUUGCAUUGUCUUUCGUGCUUCUCAGUGACUUUCAAUGCUUAUCGUUUUAUAAAUCUCUUCUUUGUUAACCUUGUAUCAAUACAAAUAAACUAUUUAUUUCAUUAUUUGUACACUACUUUUUUGAGUAGUAUCGUUGUUAGUAGUGUGUACAUAUACGGUUUCAGUUUUGGAAAUUUUUGCCUAUCAAUGAAGUUUGAUCUCAAGCCUGUCUACUGCAAUGUUAGCGAUCGAACGAUUUCUGAAUAGAUCACACAAUAAAUGUGGCUUAUGACUUUCCAAAGGAAUGUGAUUGAUAGUUAUUGACAGAAUGCUGGUCUAUUAUUAUUAUUAUUAUUAUUA